CUGCUCAAGCUGCUGCAGUGGCUCGUCGCGGGUACGGGUGUCUCAGCCAUGAAAUACCGUGGACAUGCCUGCCCUCCCUUAACCCGCUCAUAGACCGCCUCUCUUGCCCUGCAGCAUGGACCAAAGAGAAAUUCUGCAGAAGUUCCUGGACGUGGCCCAAAACAAGAAAAUUCACAAAGAGGAGUUUGUCAGUGAAUUUCUGAAGCUGAAAAGACAAUCCACCAAGUACAAGGCAGACAAAACCUAUCCCACCACUGUAGCAGAGAACCCCAAGAAUAUCAAGAAAAACAGAUAUAAGGAUAUCUUGCCCUAUGAUCAUAGCCGAGUAGAGCUCUCCCUGAUAACCUCCGAUGAGGAUUCCAGUUACAUCAAUGCCAACUUCAUUAAGGGAGUCUAUGGACCCAAGGCCUACAUCGCCACGCAGGGCCCUUUGCCUACCACUGUCCUGGACUUUUGGAGGAUGAUUUGGGAAUACAGUGUCCUGAUCAUCGUUAUGGCAUGCAUGGAGUUUGAAAUGGGGAAGAAAAAGUGUGAGCACUACUGGGCUGAGCCGGGAGAAAUGCAACUACAACUGGGCCCUUUUUCCAUAUCCUGUGAAGCUGAAAAUAGAAAAUCGGAUUAUAUAAUCAGGACUCUAAAAGUCAAGUUCAACAGUGAAACUCGAACUCUCUAUCAGUUUCAUUAUAAGAAUUGGCCAGACCACGAUGUGCCUUCAUCUAUAGACCCUAUUCUUGAGCUCAUCUGGGAUGUGCGUUGUUACCAAGAGGAUGACAGUGUUCCCAUAUGCAUUCACUGCAGUGCCGGCUGUGGAAGAACGGGUGUUAUCUGCGCUAUUGAUUACACGUGGAUGUUGCUAAAAGAUGGGAUAAUUCCUGAGAACUUCAGUGUUUUUCAUUUGAUACAGGAAAUGCGAACACAGAGGCCUUCAUUAGUUCAAACUCAGGAACAGUAUGAGCUGGUCUACAAAGCUGUGUUAGAAUUAUUUAAGAGGCAGAUGGAUGUUAUCAGGGAUAAAUACUCUGGAACACAGAUUCAAGCAAAGUAUUCAGGUUCUAAGCAAAAUAACAGUCUAGAAGUAUGUGCUUAUUCUCCUAAUUUACCAAAAAGCAGCAUAGAAGAAGCAAAAAUGAUGAACCAAGAGAGCAAACAAAGGAUAAGGGUGAAAAAUUCAGAAGCUUCUUCCUUUGACUUUAGGACUUCUGAAAUCAGUGAAAAGGAAGGGUUAGUUUUGCAGCCUGCUGAACAGAACAGUUCUUUUGAGUUUUUGGAGCUAAACUGUGGCUGUAACAAAAAUGCUGACACCACCAUGAAAUGGGAGACAAAGGCGUGUCCAGUAGUUGCUGACCCUCUCCAGAAGCAUCAGAGUUUGGACUUGAGCUCCAUUUUGUUUGGAACAUGUCCCGAUUCUAAACCUGUGAAUGCAGCGGGGAGAUACUUCAAUUCAAAGGGGCCAAUAAUGCGGACCCAGUCAACUCCCUUUGAAUUUACACAACAGACAGACACAAAGGAGCUGGACAUAAAGGAAAAUUUUUCUUAUUUGGAAACUCAACUGAAUAAUUCUUCCCUUGAGCAGGCUCAAAAAGUGAUGCAUGCUUCAUCGGCAGAACUGAAUAAUUCAUUAUCGUAUGACUCAAAACACCAAAUGUGUGAGGCCUCUAAUUCAAAGCAGUAUGACGCUAAUGCUUUUGGUGUACAUUCUUAUAUGUCUUUAGUGGAAGAUCCUUAUUUUCCACCAUUGUCUCCAAGUAGUGCUAGUUUGAAGAUGUCUCUUGAUUUACCUGAGAAACAAGAUGGAGCUGUGUUAUCUUGUUCUUUGUUGCCAACAUCCUCUACAACCCUUUUUUCUCAUUACAAUUCCCAUGAUUCUUUAGCACGGAGUCCUCCCACCAAUUGUUCCGCAACACUGAACCAAGAGACAGCGGUAGUGGCAACUUCUGCAAGGAUAGAUGAUGAAAUCCCCCCUCCACUUCCUGAACGGACUCCUGAAUCUUUCAUUGUGGUAGAGGAAGCUGGAGAAUUCCCACUCAGUGUUCCCAAAUCUUUAUCUUCAGCUGUGAGAGCAAAAAUUGGAACAUCACUGGAAUGGAGUGGACCGUCUGAAUCAAACAGAGCCGAUGACGCUGAGAGACUCAGGCCAAGCAAGAGUGUAAAACUCCAGAGUUCCAAAUCAGAUAUAUGUCAAGAUUGUCAAGAUCGGUCUUCUUCCCCCCCACCUCCACUCCCAGAAAGAACCCGAGAAUCCUUUAUUCUUGCUGAUGAGGAUUAUAUGCAACCUCCACCUAUAGAUACUUAUUCUACCAGCUGUCCUAACACCGUGGAAAAUUCAACAUCUUCAAAACAGACAUUGAAGACUCUUGGAAAAAGUUUCACAAGGAGUAAGAGUUUGAAAAUUUUGCGAACCAUGAAAAAGAGUAUCUGUAAUUCUUCCCCACCAAACAAGCCUGCAGACUCUGUUCAGUCAAAUAACUCCAGCUCUUUACUGAAUUUUGGAUUUGCAAAUCGUUUUUCAAAACCCAAAGGACCAAGGAACCCACCACCAACCUGGAAUAUUUAACACAACUUUGGACUAUAGGCUGCAAGUGCAUCUGCAAAUAAAAUGAUUAAAAUAUGGUUAGCUAAAAUAAGUGAUCUAUAUUCAUACUAUCAACAAUGAAGAUAUGGUAACAUGUUGGUAGCUUUUAAAAAGAAAAGCAAUACGCAAAUAAGUGCCAGAAUUUUUAUGUUUAGUCUCAUUUACAGUGGGUUGAAAACCACUUGAGCUCUUGAGCUCAUAUAGAGAACACUGUAUGAGAAUAUUUUAGAAUGGACUUAUUUUUCAUUUUUAGAAUUUAUUUUUAUUUGACUUUAUUUUUCUACAUAAACUUUAAAAGAUUUAUAAGAAUUGGAUCUCAAUUAAAUGUCUACAUUGCCAGAAUUUACUAUAAAAAGUGUCUUAAAAAAUCUUGUGGUUGCAGUACAAAAUUACUGCUUGUGAGAAUGACUCAUCCCUGGGAGUUAUAUUUGCCUAAAUGGAGUAUACCUUGCAGAUCUUCCCAAAUGUUGUGGAAAACUAUAAAGAAGUUAUAUUUAAGAGAAUAAAAUAUGUAAAUAAUUACUGUAAUAUAUUUUUAUUUGUAUAUACCAACUACCAAGAUGUUUAAUUACAUUCCUGGUAAGUUUUAACCAUUCAAUUAUCAAAUCUAGAAUACUACUAAAAUAGCUCUGUUUUGGUAGUAUUUUCUUCACUUCAAAGGUUCUAUAUAAACAAAUGCAACUUAUAUCCAACUAAUCAGAGGUACUACUAAUUAAAAAUUUUUUUCUAUAUGAAUAUGUAUCUGCCAUAAUUUAAGAGUAUCUGAUCUUUCAAAUCUAACUUUAAGUAACAAGUUAAAUUAAGUAAUAAAUUAAAUUAUGGCAUAUCCAUAUUCAUGCUCAUAAGUUAGUGGGUAUUACAACGGGUUCCCCUAAGCCCUAAUGAUUUAACUUUUAAAAAAAUAAAAGUUUGUAACUUUUAGAAGCAUGAAGUACUUAAACAGCAUUUGUUCUUCAAUAUUUUUCAUCUAGGAAGCCUAAUGAAGACACAAAUUGGAUAAAAUAUUGUUACUUGUUUAUUGUAGUAUAAUGUACACAAUAGGGACUCCAUAAACUUUGUUUUCAAACUAUCUUUACUGUGUUCAUUUCGCUGAAUACUUCUCCAGGCACUGGUGGUAACAAACCACAGUAAUUUUAUCUGAGUACUUCACUGUAAUCAAUUACCUUUCAAUAACCAAAUACCUUUAUCAAGGACCAAAUGUAUUAAAGGGAUCUUAGAUAAAAGUCGAAGUGACGAUGAAAUUGUCAAUGAAUCUUUCAGCGGAAACCUUGGUAAACAGUGACAAUUUCUGGAGUGUUGUUCUCUGGUGAGACACACUUCUCAAAUUUAUGCAACCUUAUACUUACAACUUGAAAAAAAUCUUUAGAAAUGAUGGUUUUCCAUCUAGAUGUCCCCCCCUGACUGUAGGAAUGUGUUAAAAAUAUGCUGGACUUUACCUUUUCUGGCAUUAACAGGAGUUGCGUGGACCGCGAGGUCGGGAGGCGCGCUCGCGACUCCCAGGCAGUCCUUGUACCUGCCUUGCUACGCUCUUAGCUGUAACCAUGGCAAUGCCCAGGGGAAGGGUCAAAACCAGUCCCUUAAGAUUUUAAAGCAAAAUCACCCUCAUUUUACACAUUACUAAGUCCACCUUUCCUCAUCUUCGCUUGUGUGAGGAUAAAAGGCCGAAGAUUCUUUUACCUCACAAACGUUAGGAGAGGCAUAUGACAUUUAAAGGUAACUAUGGAGACCACCAACUUGGCGUAAAAUGACGAAGGGCACAAGCGAACGAUAAGGAGAACGCGCCGCCAGACUCUGAACACCAUUAACAGUUGCGGCCGUUAAG